AGGGCCAUCAUUAUUGGUUUCAUUAGUGUUGUGUUCUUCUCUGACCACCAAGAAUAGAUUGGGAUUUAACAGAGAUGUGAUUAAGAAAAGAUGAGAGAAAAAAAAACACCCAGGAAAUUAUGGUAAUUUUUGUGGAUGAUCAAGACCACUCUUUUUAUUUCUGGAGGAGGGCAAGACCACUCUUUGAUAGGGCGUGUUGCUUCUUUUGGUGCAUAAAGGGUGUCCCACAAAGUUUUAGUCAAAUAAAACGCGUUUUUUUUAUUAUCGCAAUUUCAGAAUCCUGGUUCAGUGAUUUGCGGGGAAAAAAGAAAAGAACAGAAAAGUCAGAAGUUUUAUUCUAUAUAAGAGAUUGUAAGAUGAUGAUGAUGAGCAAUAUUUGUGUGGGUUAUUAUCACGGAGUAUUUGAUAGUUCUGGAAAAGAGAAAGGGUAUACCAAGAGCAAGCUUAGAGAGCAACGUUGGUGUCAAAUGGUUUCUGAUAAGCAUCUCUUUUAUGUUUCAGGACCAACACAUCUGACUUCUAUUGACUGGAAGAACAGUGAUCAUCAGAGGUCUGUUGCUGCCAGUUUGGUUCAGGGUGUCAAAGUUCUUGAGCUGGACCGCCAAGAGAAGCGUGAAGGACCCGAGGCCUUGGCUCCUCCUUGGUGGGAGUUCUUCCAUUUCAAGUUGCUUCGUCCACUGGUGGAUGAUGCCAGUUGUGGUUCCAUUUUCGGUGCCAUUUAUGAGUUUAAACCUCCUCAUGCUCCUCCUUUCUCUUCUCUUGGUACAGAACAUUCACUAUUGGAAGAUGAAAACAGCCCUCAUUAUGUUAUUGCCUUCCGUGGCACCUUAACCGCGUAUGACCUGGUCUCGCGAGAUCUUAACUUGUCCCUCAAGUUAAUCAAAAAUGGACUUCACAAGACAUCUCGCUUUAAGACUGCUAUGCAAGCAAUCCAAGCUACGGUUGGGAAAGCAGGUGAUUCAUUAAGCGUUUGGCUAGCUGGCCAUUCCAUGGGUUCAGUAUUGGCAAUGCUUGCUGGAAAAACAAUGGCCAAGGACGGAAUCUUACUCAAAUCUUUUCUCUUCAAUCAACCAUUUGUUUUUGUUGCCCCGAUGGAGAGGAUCAAGCAGGAGAAUAUCAAGCUUGGUAUUCGCUUUGCUCGAAGUGUGUUCACUGCAGGACUCGCUAAAGCUGUAAAUCCCACCUGGUCAGAACACGAAGAUCCAUUCUUCGGUCUUUAUGAAUGGGUUCCUAGUGUAUUUGUGAAUCAAGGUGACGACUUCUGCUCUGGAUAUAUUGGUUAUUUCGAACAUAGAAAGAAGAUGGUAGAGAUUGGAGCAGGAGGCAUUGAGAGGUUAGCAACCCAGAAUUCAAUUGGGAGUUUAUUGAGGUAUGCAAUAGGAAAGGAGACAGAGCCACCAAUGCACCUCAUUCCUUGUGCAAACCUCACAGUCAAUUUAACCCCUUCAAGGAAUUUCAAAGAAGCCCAUGGAAUUCGACAAUGGUGGCUAGAGAAUCAGCACUUGCAGUCUGAGACUUACAGAUACAGAUAAGACUUCUGGGUGUGUUCUGUUGAUUGUAGAUUUUUGAGUAGUGAACCUUCAGCCUCAAGCAUAUCCAUUAGAAAAGUACACCAGACCAAAUGCUAGUCAUAAAUGAACAUACAUUGAUACACAAGCUCCGAUGUACUUGACCCCUAGUAAGAAGUGAAUGCAAAUUUGAUACGAACUUUAGUGAUUUUACUCA